AUGGGAAAAAGCAGAUUCCCACUGUCGACUAUCCCUAUCUCGCCUCUCAUUCACCACACAUUUAGUCUCUACCACCUUUCUCUCUCAUCUGAGAUCGUGUCUCUUCUCUCUCUAUCACCUUUCUCUUUCGUCAUUCUCUCGAAAAUCCCUCAGAUUCUCUCAAGCAUUACGGGAUUCCAACUUCCUGCCCAUGUGGGGGAUGAAUCGUCGACGAGUUUUCUACUAAUCCAAAAGAUAAGGAUUGGUUACCAGGCCGUAGGUACUUCACUUGCAAUGAGUUCAAGGACGAUGGACUCCACUUCCAUCAACCAUGGGUUAUCGGAGUUCAGGAAGAGAUUAGUCGCUUAA